CGCAAACGACAGUCCUCCGUCACUUAUCUUAUCACACGCACAUAGCGAUUGCUCGAGCGGUAUUAUACAACGCUAAUAGAUAGCAAACAUAAUUUCGGAUGCGCAACUGGUCAGUACUGUGCUCAUCGACGCUCGGCCAACAUCAUGGACGUUCUUAGUGUACUGAAAACACGCUUGGAAAUCAUAGAUGAUUCCGUCACGUCCAACGAACUGGUUAAUCGUCUGGUGGCGCGUGGUCCCCUGGAGGAGUCACUGCACCUAACAGAGCUGGACACCCUUGUGAAGCGGCACUAUCAAUGGUUGAAGCACCUGCCCCGGGUUCGUCCAUUUUACGCUAUCAAAAGCAACGAUGAGCCGUCGAUUGUGGAGACUACUCUUCUGCUUGGAUGUGGCUACGAUUGUGCGUCGACCGGCGAGCUGAAGCGGGUUUUAGGUUUCCGCGUGGAUCCAGAUAGAAUCAUGUUCGGGCAGCCGAUGAAAACAAUCGAAUCGUUGGAGUUUGCGCGGAAGUUGAAGGUCAGGACGGUAUUCGAUUGUGAGAGUGAGCUGCGAAAGAUUCACCAGUACUAUCCGGAGGCGAGUGUUGUGCUACGGUUUCGUUUGGUAAUGCCGGAGGAUCCGCAGAAUUUGGGCAUCAAGUUUGGAUGCGAGGCGGAUCUAGAGGCUAAGGAACUGCUGAACUUGGCAAAAGGACUGGGCAUAAACGUGAUCGGUUGGUGUUUUAAUCUGGGGCAUGCGUGCAUCAAUCCGACGAACUUUUACACUGCGAUCAAGAAAGGCAGAGAGUUGACCGACUAUGCGGAAUCGAUUGGAUUCAAGUUUAACUAUAUUGAUUUGGGAGGAGGCAUUUCCGGAGAUAAGCAUGUCGCGCUUGAGCCGUAUGCAGAACAGAUUAACAAAGGGCUGGACGAGUUUUUCCCGGAAGAGUUGGGUUAUACGAUCAUUGCCGAACCGGGGCGAUACUACAGUGCUGCAGCUAUUACAGCUGUGGUACCGAUUCAUGGCAAACGGGUGAUUCGAAACGAAAACGAUCCCCAACAGAUAGAAAAUGUGUUUUACUAUUUCAAUGAUGGAGUCUAUGGCACGUUUUACAGUGCCAAAUACCGGGGUAAAGCUGUGAAACCCAUAGUUUGGAAGCCGCACAGCGAGUGCGGACCGGAAAGGCAGACGACAUUGUACGGCCCCACCUGUGAUGGAAUUGACUUCUUUGCGAAGGAUAUCCGGAUGGCCGAGCUGGAUGUAUCGGAUUUUGUUGUGUUUGAGAAUCAAGGAGCAUAUUCCAGAGUGCAUUCGUGCAGGUUUAACGGAUUUUGUCCUCCAAGACCGGUUAUUUUUAUACGCAAAAGUGUUUGGGAAAUUUUGGAGGAGGUUUCGGACAACAAUGCCACACAAACAUUGCUGGAGAGCAAGUAUUUACUUGAAAAUGUUGGAAUUGAAAGAUUGGUCUAUGAAUAAACACAGUUUUGCUUUUCAGCAUA